AUGCCAAACGCGUCGACCAUUACUCUGGAUCCUUCCACAGAGACUAGUGUUAUUACUAUUUCGAUCACUAACCAGCAGAUCAUUCGCAGCACGACGACCGAAAUCAGCAGUUUCACCACUACAUCGAUCUCUUUUGUUGAUGCGGGGGCCACAGUCACCUCGGUCAGCACGGCUUACGUUCCUACUACCGUUUUCUCCACGGCCACCGAAACCUCGAUACAAAAUCCUGUAACCAACUUCGUUAGCGUAACCGAGACGCAAACUACAACACAACGGAUGACAGAAACCUCGACGCCAGACCCAGUAACAAUUACUUUGAGAUCCACGACAUCCGUCACUGCAACUCAAAUUUCGACAUCUGUGAGCAUCCAGACGUCAGUCUCGACGUCCCGGAUAUCGACGACUCUGGUCUCUACUACAACAUUGCCUCGCGAGACAAUUGUUUCCACCACCUCAACAACUGUCGUCAGCACCCUCCCUCGUGAAACCCUUACUCUCCCUCGUGAGACCACCACGCUUCCACGAGAAACACUUACGCUUCCUCCACAGACGACUACCAGCGUUUCCACGACGCUAUCCACCACUACUGAGACUGCCGCCGCCAUCACCUUCACCUCCCUAUCUACGCGCACCACCACCACCACAAAUGUUCAGUACUUCACCGAGUCAACAACCGUUACUCGCACAACUCCAUCGCUCGUCUCUGUCACAGACACACGAACGGUCUACAGCACCAUCUCCACCCUCCAAUACGUAACCAUAACGCGCGUGAGCACGCUCACAAUUUCCGCAACGGCCACCUCCGUUGUCGCCGUCGCCCAGACCACUAUAACUGAGCUGUCGACCCAGACCACUACCCUGACUGGAUUCUAUGGCACUACAACGCGGAUUAUUACAAGCGUUUCCCUGGAAACGGUGCCGACCACGAUUACUAGGCUGAGCACGAGAACGGUGGCUAUUAGCACGUGGACUACGACGGUUACUGCGCCUGCGCAGAAGAGGGCGAUAAACGGGUGGUGGUGA